AUGCUAGAUCGCAAACUUUAACUUGAGUAAUGGAAACAAUAGAAAAAACCACUUAAUCCUAGCUAAUCCAGUUAAGCAAUUCAAAGAAAAGCUUCACCUAAUACUAAUCUAGUCAACAGACCAUCGAAUAAACCAUUGGGACAGCAAAUAACAAACCACAUUGUUGAUUAGAAAAGAGCACAAUUGAACUAGACUCAUGGAAACUUUAAUUCAAAAAUUUCGCCAUCUUAAAAUAUGGUCAAGCCACUUCUAAAAUAAAAUAUUCCUAAAUAAGUGUUAGGCCAAAUCCAAACAAAGAGCUAACUUCAUUUUGAGAUUGAUUUGAUCUACAGUUAAUUUAAAAAGACCUAGGAAGCAGCUGUCAAUCCGAAGCUAGCUAUUGCUAAUGAUGCUAAUAGAUGGCAGAAAAAAUUCAUCAUGCUUUUUAUUAGAGAGAAGGUGUUAGAUCUCUAAAUGAAUCCAAAUCAUCCUUUGGAUGUAAAAAAUCUAAGUUUAAAGCCUACACCAAUCAAUAAGACUGGAGAAAAACUAUUAAAGUCAAGUCCUAAGUUCUGGGUCAUUUUUACUAAGUUAAUAGCUGAGAAAAUUAACGAGGGAAAUAGAGAAGAAUUCAAAGAAAUGAUUUUAAGUUACUUGAGAGAUUCUAAUGAAGAUCUUAGUAUUCUUUAAUGUGAUUUAGGAAGUAUUGUUGACUUUUCUGAUGAAAAAGAAAACCUUCCUACUUUCAAUAAUGAUUUUCCAACUUCAACCAUAGAUCAUUCCUUAGAAAGUCAUGAUAAAAUGAAUGAUGACAAUGAUGAUGAAUUAAUAUUAAAAUAGAAUGAGGAUAUAGUUGACUAAGAGUAAGUUUAAGAACAACCGACGAAAAUUAUCAAUGAGACUUUUGCUAAUCCAGCUAAUGAGUAGUAACAAGCCGCCAUUGAAGAGGAGGCUUAAUAAAAUCAAGAUAUGUUUGAAUAGUAUGAGGAAAGAAUAGAUAAUCAAGAGAAUAUUGUAGAGGUAGAAGUGAGAAAAGAAGUUAUUGAAAAUGUUUACAUCUAGCCACCUAGUUAAGAGUUUGUAGUAAGGGCUCCUAUCACUCCCUAUUCUGAUAUUUCGAAGAUUAGCACUCCUAAUUUCUAGAGCAAAUAUGAAAAUUUUGACGCUUACUCAGAGGAAUAAAGCAAAAUAGAAUAAUAAUUUUAGGGAAAUUAAUCAUAGAUUUAAGAGGAAGAUUAAGUUUUAUAAUAGACACCUGAACUCAAUCAAUAUGAUGAAGAAGUAGAGGAGGAUAAAAUAAUGGAAGUUGAUUAGGAAGAGAAUGAAGUUAUCUAAAAAGAAGAGCUAUAGAUGUAAGAAGAAGAAUAAGAUUAAGAGGUAGUUGACGAGUAAUCUUAGAAUUAGCUUAACUAGGGAGGUGAUGUAGCUGAUAUGACCUUUAUUGAUCAUCGCUAAUUUAUUUAGGAUGAAGAAAGUCAAGCAAAUAUUUUGGAUCAGACAUUUCUUAUCCAUAAUAAUCACAAUAAAGAAUUUGAUGAAGAAAAGGUCGAGUUAAAAGCAGAAGAUCAUGUUGAGAAAUAAGAUUUAUCUAAGAUAUUUUAGAAUGAUACUCCUGCAAAAGCUUUAUAAGAACUUUCUUAAAAAUCAGUUUCUAAUGAAAAUGAAUAGUCUUAACACUCAAUUGAAGAUAAAAUUGAACAAGAAGAAGUUGUCUAAGAAAUAGAAUAAGUAAAAGAUAUGACCGAUGAUACUCCUAUACUUGACUAAGUAGAGGAUUUGGAAAACUAACCAAAUGAUGUACUGAUGGAAACAGUUUAUGAAGAUGAAAACAUGAAAGUUUAAAAAGAACUUGAGCUUCAAUAAGAACAGGAAUUGCAAGUAUCAGAAGAAUUCAAGCAAUAAGCCAAUAUUAUAUCAGAAUCAGAUUAAAUAGAGGAGAGUUAAACGAAAAAAAUAACCACUGAGAACAUUGAUGAGCUUUUUGAGAGAAAUCUUAGACAUAGCAGAAAGAGAAAGAGAUCUAACUCCCAGAACUCUCAGCUCUCUUAAAUGACAACUAGAUCACAAAUCAAAAGAAGAAAGGAGAAUAAUAGCACUCAACAACAAUAAAGCAAUGGGGCGUCUUUUGUUAGAUAUGAAUUCAUUGAGAAAAAAGGCCAAUAGGUAUUGGUCCCAGUCAGAUAUUCAAUUAGGACUAGUUAAUAUGUGGUAUUAAAAGGUCAGCAUGAUCCAGAAAUCGGGUAACUAGAGAGAAAAAUUAUGAAUGGUUAGGUUGAUUUUGAGUACAAGCCAAGCAAUAUUGAGACUAUGUUUGCUAUGGAUCAAAAGACCUCAGAAAUUUAGAAAAUAUUAAAGCAAAGAUUCACUCUACAGAAAGAAGAUAUCUAGGAGGUAGUUGAUGACUAUGAUUUCGAGAAUCAAUGUGAUAUCAGUCUAGUAAAGAUCAAGCCUGAAUGCAGGGAGAAGUAUGGUGGUCAUGAGCAUGUAGCAGCCCUUAGGAGAGUUAGUAUGAGUCCAAAUAGAAGUGAAGGCCAGAUGAGAAAUAUUUUAGAUCAUUUGAUGAAGGAUAAGUAGGUUAAGGGGCUGAUAAUAACCAAUGCUACUCCAGAUGCAAUAAGCUUCAUGUCUAGAAAAUGA